AUGCGAACUCGAAUCCCCGGUUUGGUACCGCGAAUCUGCCAGACCCCUCUACCGUGGAAACCUCCUACACAACUGACUCGAGUCCGCUAUGCGAGAUGGAGUACUUCACAUGCAGUGUCAUGGUUCGAGACAGGACACAUUGAUCUGAAAGAAAACGAGGGACUCCUUUUUAUCAAUAAUAUCUUUCCGUCUAAACUCCAAUGGCUGCUGCGAGGUCCGCUGGGUGGUAUGCGGUCUUACGAGGAGGCCGUGAAACGCAUCGACAGACCGCAGCUGGCUGCAUCGGAUACUUUUCAAAUCAUCCAACGAGUGGUUCCAAAGAACCUGAAUAUCCAAGUUAAAGAGGUCGUUCCGCGGUUCAGGGAAGGCGGCGCGUUUGUCAAGUACACUCGUCCAAGCAAUGUCAACGACGCCGACAUUGAAGCCUCUAUCAAAGAGAAUCUGAAAGAGCAUCCCAUUAGGCCCUGGUUCAAUCCUUUUCAAGAAGUUCAAGUAUGUCGGGUCAUUGGAAGGCCUUGGAUAGAAGAUCUCUAUCGCCUUCCAAGCCCCCGCCUCAAGGUUGCGUUCCACCCAGUGUCUCCCGAAGCAUCAGCGGCAGACCUGAACACGGAGACUCUAUACACUCUAUUUCGCCCCUAUGGGAAAAUCAGAGACAUAGAGAAACAACCGUCUGACUCUAAGGUCACGCCCAGGUACGCCUUUGUCGAAUUUUCUCGGCCCAAGUACGCUGGCAUGGCGAAGAACUGUAUGCACGGUUUCACCGUCCCAGAACAAGAAGGUGGCGGCAAAUCGGGUACGCGGCUCAAGAUUAAGUACGAGCGGAAGAUCAAGCUGUCCAUGAUCAAGGACUGGCUUUUGAGUCAUCCCAGGAUCGUUAUUCCGGUGCUCGCCGCCCUCUUGGCCGCCAUCACCGUCACUAUCUUCGAUCCAAUGCGGACAUUUUUCAUCAAACUGAAAAUAAAGUCGACACUUCAGACCGAAGAGAAUGGUGUGAUGCAAUGGAUCCGCAAACAGGUAAACAAAGCAAACAUUAUUUAUUUUGGUCGCAAAGGGGCGGAUCCUCGUGGGCUCACGGCCAUAUGGGAGGACCGUCAGGAAGACAUUACUCGAUUGCAAUCCUGGCUAAUGGAGAAUGUGGAAACCUUCAUCGUUGUUCAUGGACCCCGUGGCUCGGGAAAGCGGGAGCUUGUAUUGGACCGGGCCCUGGUCGAUUACAAAUAUAAGAUAGUCAUCGACUGUAAACAAAUCCAAGACGCGCGGGGUGACAGUGCGAAAAUUGCCAGGGCAGCCAGUCAGGUAGGCUACCGGCCGGUUUUCUCAUGGAUGAACAGCAUCAGCAGUUUUAUCGAUCUCGCGGCACAGGGCAUGAUUGGGACUAAGGCAGGGUUCUCGGAGACGUUGGACGCCCAGCUGAGCAACAUCUGGCAAAACACGGCUACCGCUUUGAAGAAAGUGACCUUGGAGCACAGAAAGAAGAAUCACAAGGACUCGCAUCUGACCGAUGAAGAGUAUCUUGAGGCUCAUCCCGAGCUUCGCCCUGUGGUGGUAAUUGACAACUACCUGCACAAUGCGUCCGAGAGCAGCGUUGUGUACGACAAAAUCACCGAGUGGGCCGCUGGCCUAACGGCCGGAAACAUUGCCCAUGUCAUAUUCCUCACGACCGAUGUCUCGUACGCCAAACCUUUGAGCAAAGCGUUGCCGAAUUCGGUUUUCCGCACAAUCACCCUGGGUGACUGUUCUCUGGAGGUCGGCCGGAAGUUUGUUGUGAAUCACUUGGCAUAUGAGUCAAAGGAUGGAAAGACUCAGCCACGGCGGGCUGAAGAGCUGGAGGACCUAGACGCUUGCAUUGAGACCUUGGGAGGCAGGGUGACAGAUCUUGAAUUCAUGGCACACCGUAUUGAGGCGGGAGAGACACCGCGAGGCGCGGUCAACCGCAUUAUCGAACAAUCGGCAUCUGAAAUUCUCAAGAUGUUCCUUUUGACGCCGGAAACUAUAGAGCAGUCGUGGACCCACGAACAGGCUUGGUAUCUGAUCAAAAGGCUUGCAGAGUCCAAAGAUGGUGCUCUAUCAUACAAUGAAAUUGUUCUCUCCGAGCUCUUCAAAGAGAAUGGAGAGAUCACCCUUCGCGCUCUUGAGCACGCCGAACUCAUUUCAAUCGCCGCUGUCAACGGCUGCCCCCAGACAAUCCGGCCUGGAAAGCCCGUUCUUCGCGCAGCCUUCAAGAAGGUCACCGAGAACAAAGCGUUGAGCAGUCGCAUGGACCUCGCAAUCAUAACACAGAAGAUCAACAAAGAGAAUAAGAGCAUCGGAAAAUACGAGGAAGAACUCAGCCUGCUGGGCUCUCUGCCUAGGCAGCCACGGGAACUGACAGACCGAAUCCAAUGGGUGCUCAACAAAGUAUACAGUUCGCAAAACAAAAUUGCGAAAUAUGAGAAGGAAAGUGCAUAUCUACAGAAGAUUCUCCGAAGCGAACAUUGA